UACAGCCAUUUUGUUUGGAAGCAUCACGUGACGUGUCCUUUCCUUUUGCCAUCCCCCAGCAGAGAGAGAGAGAAGGAAAAGAGAAUCGGCGAAGAGUCGCAGAACAGCAGAGGGGAACAUAUUUAUAUAUUACAUUCUAAAUGUUAAUUCUUGAAGCUCUUUUAAAUUGUAGUUUCAAACAUGGGAAUCAAAUUUUUAGAAGUUAUAAAGCCCUUCUGUGUUGUUCUACCUGAAAUACAGAAGCCUGAAAGAAAGAUCCAGUUUAGGGAGAAGGUGCUAUGGACGGCUAUAACACUUUUUAUAUUCUUAGUAUGCUGCCAGAUUCCAUUAUUUGGAAUUAUGUCAUCAGAUUCAGCAGAUCCUUUCUACUGGAUGAGAGUCAUCCUGGCAUCCAACAGGGGUACCCUAAUGGAACUUGGUAUCUCACCAAUUGUAACAUCUGGCCUGAUCAUGCAGCUCCUGGCUGGUGCUAAAAUCAUUGAGGUUGGAGAUACACCAAAAGACAGGGCUCUAUUUAAUGGAGCACAGAAAUUGUUUGGUAUGAUUAUAACUAUUGGUCAGGCCAUUGUGUAUGUUAUGACUGGAAUGUAUGGAGAUCCUGCAGAAAUGGGGGCUGGCAUCUGUCUCAUAAUCAUUAUUCAGCUGUUUGUUGCUGGCAUGAUUGUGCUGCUCUUAGAUGAAUUGCUUCAGAAAGGAUAUGGUUUGGGAUCUGGGAUUUCACUCUUUAUUGCUACAAACAUUUGUGAAACCAUUGUCUGGAAAGCUUUUAGCCCAACCACAAUCAACACUGGGCGAGGAACGGAAUUUGAGGGUGCAGUGAUUGCCCUCUUCCACCUGCUGGCUACUAGAGCUGAUAAAGUCCGUGCUCUUCGUGAGGCUUUUUACCGCCAGAAUCUGCCCAAUUUUUUGAACCUGAUUGCUACAGUGUUUGUCUUUGCUGUAGUCAUAUACUUCCAGGGAUUCCGGGUAGAUCUUCCAAUCAAGUCUGCCCGUUACCGAGGACAGUACAGCAGCUACCCCAUUAAGCUUUUCUACACCUCCAACAUUCCAAUUAUCCUUCAGUCUGCCCUGGUCUCCAACCUUUACGUCAUCUCUCAGAUGCUAUCUGUUCGAUUUAGUGGGAACUUCCUGGUCAGCCUGCUUGGGCAGUGGGCGGAUGUAAGCGGAGGUGGACCUGCUCGUUCCUAUCCAGUUGGGGGUCUGUGUUACUACCUCUCUCCUCCAGAGUCUAUGGGUGCCAUAUUUGAAGAUCCCAUUCAUGUUAUAAUUUACAUUAUUUUCAUGCUGGGAUCGUGCGCUUUCUUCUCCAAGACAUGGAUUGAUGUUUCUGGUUCAUCUGCAAAGGAUGUUGCUAAACAGCUGAAGGAACAACAGAUGGUAAUGAGAGGCCACAGAGAAACAUCUAUGGUCCAUGAGCUCAAUAGGUAUAUUCCUACGGCAGCUGCUUUUGGUGGUCUAUGCAUUGGAGCCUUGUCAGUUAUGGCCGACUUCUUGGGAGCCAUUGGAUCAGGCACUGGGAUUUUGCUUGCUGUUACCAUCAUCUACCAGUAUUUUGAAAUCUUUGUCAAGGAACAGGCUGAAGUUGGAGGGAUGGGGGGCUUAUUUUUCUAAAGUGCUCAAUUUGGAACUCUUCCUUAUUUAAUGCAAAAGGGAAAUAUUUUUUAUGUUCAUCAGUUUUUGUCUAAAAGAUAAUUUUGCUUAUCUAUAUCCCGUUUUGUAAUGGGAUAUUAAGUUCUGCCUGUGGACAGCAUUUAGUGCCAGCUGCCUUUUAAAAUGUUUACAUGAACUUCAGUAUCAAGUGUUGCCUGUAAUGCUAAGAACCAAUGCAUUUACCUGUUUGAAACACUACAGAAUUGCAGUGCAAUUGAUUGCAAUCUGCCAAAAAGGUUUCUAAACAGAUUAAAUAAUGCUUAUUUCCAUAUGCAAGUGCUAUGGUAGCACUUGCACAUGUCUCUUAGGAUAUGCCUCCUUUUUAAAUUUUCUAUUUAUGCAUCAACUUUAAACUUACUUUUAAAAAACUGUGUUCAAAAACCCUUGUAUUGUUCCUUGGAGGUGAUGAGAUUUCAAACAAGGCAAGCAGUACUUUGUUCACAGUGAUUGUGAGCACUUUAUGUGCAGAUAUUUCAUAGUACUUGUUAUGUUCUACAGCAGUAAUGUACUAUAACAAGUGUAAACAAUAAACAGCUGUUUAACUUGUGCAAAAGUUAUGACUUAAGAAUGGGAAAGAUGUGGUGUUGUCAGUUACAUAAUAAAUUUUGUUUGUGAAUUAA